AUGUUCAAGUGCAACGCCGAUUGGGUCCAUCUGGACGUCAUGGAUGGCCAUUUCGUCCCCAAUCUGACCAUGGGUCCGCCUAUCAUCUCGAGCCUGAGAAAGGCGGUUCCAAGAGACGAGAGCCAGCCGGGGAAAUUCUUUUUUGACUGCCACAUGAUGGUCGCCAACCCUGAGCAAUGGGUCCCGGAAAUCGCAGACGCUGGCGGCGACCAGUACACGUUCCACUACGAGGCAACCAAGGACCCUGUUGGGCUUGUCAAGCUGAUCAAAAAGCACGGCAUGAAGGCUGCGUGCGCGAUCAAACCAGGCACGCCGGUCGACGUGCUCUAUCCGCUCGCAGAGCACCUAGAUAUGGCACUGGUGAUGACCGUCGAGCCAGGCUUCGGAGGCCAGUCGUUCAUGGCCGACAUGAUGCCCAAGGUCGAGAACCUGCGGGCCAAGUACCCGCAUCUGGACAUCCAGGUUGACGGGGGACUCGGUCCUAAAACCAUCCCGGCUGCUGCCAAGGCUGGAGCCAACGUCAUUGUUGCCGGCACCUCUGUGUUCAAGGCAGAGAAGCCGGAGGACGUUAUCCAGCUGCUCAGAGAUCACGUGUCGAGAGAGCUGGCGUCCCGCGGACUGCUUGAGUGA